AUGGCGAUUCUCUUGGAGCGUCGUUUCAGUCACCUGAACGACAGCCUGCUGACUGCGGUUGAAAUGGGCGAUGACCCUCAGGGCAGUGGUGCCAAUGCCAGUUUGCUGAAGGCCGUGCGGCAAGAGGCGACCGCGAAACUCGAAUCGCUCGAUGUCGAUGAGGUUUUGGAUUUCGACCCGUUGCGUCGCAGUGUUUUUGCGGCCGUCGUUUCCGUUUGUUCCGUACUCUUCUUCGCUGCGGGGGCUACAGGCCACUUCAACGUAUGGGCAAACCGCGUCGUGAUGCUUUCCAGCGAGCUAUGGCCCCGCCGAACCCAUCUAGAAGUUGAAGGGUUCGACGACGGUCAUCGCAAAGUGGCCCGCGGUUCCGAUGUUGAAAUCUUGGUAAAAGCCGACACUGCCAAAGAAGUGCCCGAGGUUGUGGAACUGACCUACCUCACCGACGAAGGCGUGCGUGGCCGGCAGUUCAUGCAACGCGAAGGGGAAGCCACCGCGGGAAAAGAGGAAUAUCAGUACUACACCUACACCUUCGAGGCCAUACCCUCAGGACGGAUGGUUCAAAUCGAAGGGGGAGACGUUCGGCUGGACGAUCUGCGUCUUGAGGUUGUUGACAGUCCCACGAUCACCGAGAUGACGCUCGACUUCAGCUAUCCAGCCUACACGGGCCUCAGCCCUUCGGCCGGCAACCAGGCCACCGGGGCGAUGCAGGUGCCGCGCGGGGCGGGCAUCGUGCUGCAUGCUUCUUCCAACAAGCCACUGCUGGGGGUUAAGGUUCAACUCACAGGAGGAGACGCACCCGAGGAGGUGCAACAACUUUCGCUGGCGAGUGAAGAAUCCUUCGACCUUACAUUAGACAGCCUGGACCAAGAUCGAGUGUUGUUGUUCACAUUGACUGACACCGACGGACUACAGAACCGCGAACCGUUGCGGCUCGCCUUGGCGGCCAUUCCCGAUAGUGAGCCCCAACUUUCGAUUCGUCCUGACGGGAUCGGGUCGGCCAUCACCCCCAUGGCACGGCUCCCCUUCGCCGGCAAGCUAACCGACGAUUACGGCGUGGUUGAGCUGUGGUUCGAAUACCUUAUCGACCACGGACAUCCGCGACGUGCCGAUGUGCGACUUCCCCGGAAGAACAUCACCGAUGUUGAGGUUCGGGAAGCAUUCGACGUGAGGGCGUUGGAGUUGGAGCCGGGGCGGCAAUUGGAAAUCCGCAUGGCUGCCUCAGACAAUCACGCACUGCAGCCGGAAGGGCCACACGAAGGGGCCAGCGAGACCUUCACGCUCGACGUGGUCACUCCCGAAGAACUUCGGGCAAUGCUCGAAUCGCGAGAACUUAAUCUUCGCCGCCGCUUCGAAAGCAUCAUCGAAUCGGUGGAGACCACGCAUCAGCGUCUGAUCACGCUCGCACCCGAGGCUUUGGUUCCCGUCGAGGAAGACCCCGCCGUGAGCGCGGAGAGCGAGGCAGAUGAUUCGUCCGCCGAUAACGCGGCCAAGGCCCUUUCGCUCGCUAUGUUGGGCGUGCAGCGAGCAUUACAAGACUCCCGCAUGAAUAGCGCGGAAACGCUCGGCAUUGCCACCAGCUUCGAACAGAUCGGGGCCGAACUCCAAAACAACCGCGUUCCGGAUUACGAGGAGUUGCUCUCCAGGCUCAACGACGGCAUUGCCAGCCCACUUCGGAACAUUGCCGACGAGAUGUUUGCCAGCUUCCGUGGCGAAUUGGAGCAACUCCGCGACGCCUUACCGGCAGCCGCGGGCGAGGAAGUCGAUCUGGAAUCCCUCGACGCUGCCUUGGCCGCCUCGGUGCUCGAAUCGGAAGAGAUUCUCGCCGAAAUGCGUCGCGUGCUCGAUCGCAUGCUCGAACUCGAAACAUUCAACGAGCUGGUCGACUUGCUCGAAUCGAUCAUCGAAUCGCAAGAAAAGAUCAGCGAACUGACCAAAGAAGAACGCAAAGCUCAGUUGAGAAGAUUGUUGGAGGCCCAGGAUGAGUCUGCGCCUGCCUCAACUGAUGAUGCGACCAACAUGGAGCCGGCCGAGCAGUUGGCGCUCGAGCAACAGCAACUGGCCGCCAAGUAUCAGCGGUUUGAAGAGGUGUUGCUGCGUGUCGCCGAAUUGGCUGCCUCGGAAGACCCGGAACGGGCUGCCCUCCUGCGGCGCACGGUGGCGCAAAGCAAGGAAGACAUGAUCGGUGUGCAGCUCAACGAAGUCAUCGAUCUGCUCAAGUCGAAUCGCCUGGCAAACGCCGUGAAGAACCAGGAAGCCCUGCAGACGGAUCUCGUAUCCCUGCUCGAUUUGCUGCUCAGCGAAGACCGCAACAAAAAACUGGAUGAGCGCAAAAAGCAGGUUGAGGAGUGGAUUAAGGAAGUCAACAAACUCAUCAAACAACAGCGGGCCGUGCAAGGCUCCACCGAGUCGGGCGGAGAGCCCCAACGCAAUGCCGGCCUGCAAGCCAAACUCGCCGACCGCACCGGAGAGUUGUCGAAGGAGAUGCGUACUGCUGACGAGGAGGCCAGCGAGACCGACGGCGAUGGCGAAUCAUCUGACGACGAUCGCAAGGCUGAGGAUGCAGAGCCGGCGGAAGCAGAAGGCGAACCAUCCGAUGCCGAGGGGGACGGCGCAGAGAAACCUGCUGAUGGGAAAUCGGCCGACGCUCCAGGCGAAGGUGAGAAAGCCGAUUCGGAGUCUGAAUCGAGCGAGGGUGAGCCGUCCGAAUCAGGCGGCGAGCCGCAGGAAGGUUCGUCCCCCGGUCAGCCCGGCGGACAGCCAAUGCCGGGGGGCGGUUCUGGUAAGCCGCAGCAGUCGCAAGAACAGCAGUCCAAGGAAAGCGAUCCGGUCCAACAACGCCUCGAGGCCGCGCAGCAGAAGAUGCGCGAAGCCCAGAAGCGACUUGAAGAUGCUUUGCGAGAAGAGGCCGUCGAAAAGCAAGAGGAAGCCCUUCGCGAACUCGAGCAAGCCAAAGCCGAGUUGGAGCAGAUUCUGCGACAGCUGCGCGAAGAAGAAAUCAAGAGAACGUUGGGCAUGCUGGAAACCCGCUUCCGCAAAAUGCUCGAUCUACAAGUGGCCAUCUACGAAGACACGCUUCGGUUAGACAACGUUCCCCGCGAGCAGUGGGAGCGUGACGAAGAGAUCCAGGCGGGGCGUCUAAGCAGCCGCGAAUCGGAAUUGAUUCUGGAUGCCGAGAAAGCAUUGGCAAUUCUCAGCGACGAUGGAACCGCCGUUGCAUUGCCAGAGGCGAUUCUCCAAAUGCGGGAAGACAUGCAGCAGGUCGCCACCCGACUUGCCCAGAGCAAAGUGUCUGAAGUUACGCAGGCGAUUGAAGAAGACAUUAUUGCUGCGCUUGAAGAGAUCAUAGCCGCCCUGGAAAAGGCCCAGGCCGAUCUCGAAGAACAGCAGCAACAACAGCAACAGCAGCAGCAAGGUCAACCGGCCGAUCCGCCACUGGUCGAUCGAUUGGCCGAACUGAAGAUGAUUCGCGCCCUUCAGAUGCGUGUUAACCGGCGAACAGUUCGCUUCUCGGAAAUGGUCGAAGGCGAACAAGCCUUCGAGCCCGAUCUGUUGAAGGCCCUGGAAGAACUGUCCGCUAGAGAACUGCGUAUCUACCGCGUGCUACGCGACAUUGUGGAGAUCUACGAGGACGCUGUCUGGCAAGCCCCCGAUCCGGCUGAAGUGCGCCAGCAGUUAUUCACCUGGCUAGAAGAGCAAGACGCUGAGAAGGCCAAGCUCGAGCAGGCAGAGAAGCUCUGGAAAGAACAGAUCGCUCCGGGGCCUGUCUCUGCAGAGGUGGUGCUUGAGGUGACCGCUCAGACGGUUGGUUUGAUUGACCCUCGCGCGGCUGAGUUGGUUGCCUUGUGCGAUCGUCCGCUGGAGAAGUUGCCGUUGCCGGAGAUCGAUGUCCUCGAUGAUGAAACGCUUCCCGCGCUGGUCCGCAACAAUCUGAAGUUGCUCUAUGGGCGUUGGUUGGCCAGCGAGCGGCUAUAUGAUGAGGCGAGCGUUCAACUAGAAGGGCUGACCGUUGAUGACGUUGUCGAUCCGGCUUCUUUGCUAUUUUAUCAGGCCGUCGUUCACCAUCGCAUGUUGAACCAGGUGCAAGGCUUGGAGGCGAUCGAGAGAUUACUCCGCGGACCCUCGACCACCCCGCGGCGGUAUGUUUCCAUCGCCGGUCUCAUGCAGGUCGAUUUGGAAGGCCUGGAAGAUGAAUCGCUGGACCACAUCUCCCGUCGUAUGCAAGACAUUCAGCGGCGUCUUGAACUUGGCCGCCCUGGUGAGAAGACACAAGAAGUCGAAGACGGGGUGAUCGCCUCGCUAGACAAGCUGAUCGAAGAGAUGGAGAAGCAACAGCAGGGCGGUGGCAGCGGCGGCGGAGCAGCCCCGUUGCAACCAAGUGCUCCGGCAGAAGAAAGUCGCAUCAUGGCCGGCAAGGGUCCCGGGGAAGUCGAUCCGAAGUCGAUCGGCUCGGGCUCAGGCUGGGGUGAUUUACCUCCCAAACAGCGCGAAGCGGCGCUGCAACAAAUCAGUCAGCAGUUUCCUUCCCACUACCGCGCUGCCAUCGAGCAGUACUUCCGUCGUAGCGCCCAGGUGCGGCAGCUUUCUGGCCAAACGCUGACGGGCACACUGACGGAGUUGGGCGCGAAGUCGAUGACGCUUGAAAGCGAAGACGGCACCGCGACGACGUUAGUCACCACCGACGUCCUUGGCGUCACACCCCGAGCCGAGACAACUUCCGCGGCAACAAAUCGUUCCGGCUCAAACGCUGACGCUCCAUCCUUCCCCGUUGUUCUGACCGACGGUAGCCGUUUGCGCGGCAGCAAGUUUACCGUCGAAGAUUCGGAGGCCAGUGUCUUUUCUGACAACGGAGAAACGACUUGGAAGUUACCGGCUAAAUCGUUGUCCUGGGUCCGGUUCGUGCCGGCCUCUCCCUCGGUGGAUGGGCAAUGGAACGAAAUCGUCGCGGCCGAACAUGCCACAGACGUUCUGGUGGUGAACAAAGGCGAUAGUCUCGACUUCCUUGAAGGUGUCCUGGGUGAUGUGACCGACCAGACCGUCACAUUUUCGCUUGAUGGAGACGAACUUGCGGUCAAGCGAAGUAAAGUGGCGGGGCUGAUCUAUUACAACGCCACCGCAGCCGAGUCGGCAGAAGCGGUCUGCCAGGUGCGCGGCCGCGAUGGGCUACUGCUCAUGGCGAGUGAUAUCUCGCUUGCCGAAGAUGCCCUGCAGGCAACCACACUUUCGGGGCUUCAACUCGACAUACCGUGGAAUGAAAUCCGCAACGUCGACUUCAGCCAGGGGAAAGUCGUCUACUUGAGCGAUCUUGAAACCGAGACGCAGCAGUGGACUCCUUACUUUCAAGCAAUGCAGUUGCCGGCGUCCACGUUGAACUACUAUCUGCCUCGGCGCGAUCAGGCCUUCGAUGGCGAAGCACUUCGACUUGCAGGCGAAGCUUACACCCGUGGAAUGGCCAUCCGCAGCCGUACCGAAUUGGUAUACCGGCUGCCAGGAAAGUACCGCCGCUUUGUGGCGCUGGCCGGAAUUGACGAUCGUAUGCGACCUCAGGGGCACGUGCACUUGCUGGUGUACGCCGACGAUCAACUGCUGUUGGACCAGGAGAUCGGCGGCAACGACAAACCGUUGCCAAUCGAUCUCGAUCUAACGGGGGCAACGCGUUUACGACUGAUUGUGGAUUUCGGGCAGGAUCUCGAUAUCUCGGAUCACUUCGAUUUAUGUGCGGUACUUGAUGCCGAAGCGGAACGUAUCGAAGUGAUGGCGAAAGCUAGCCGCUCGGCCUUGGCAAUCUUCUCGGCCGAAGGCGGCGACGGCGGUGGCUCUGGGGUGGUCAUCUCGCCCGAUGGCUACGCGGUGAGCAACUUCCACGUCACCUCGAGCACGGGCGACGUUAUGAAGUGUGGAAUGUCCGAUGGUCAACUCUACGACGCCGUGAUUGUGGGCAUCGAUCCCACCGGCGACGUUGCCUUGUUGAAGCUGCUAGGCCGCGACGAUUUUCCUGCCGCCCGCCUGGCCGAUAGCGACAAAGUUCGGCCCGGCGAUUGGUCGUUCGUCGUGGGCAACCCUUUCUUGCUGGCGACCGAUUAUCAACCGACGGUAACGUUCGGCAUUAUCUCCGGGGUGAACCGCUACCAGUAUCCCUCCGGGACGAUUCUCGAGUACUCCGAUUGCAUUCAAACCGAUGCUUCGAUCAACCCUGGUAACUCCGGCGGACCGCUGUUCAAUGCCCAGGGGGAAGUGAUCGGCAUCGUCGGGCGUGGCUCGUUCGAAAAACGCGGGCGUGUGAAUGUCGGGGUGGGCUAUGCCAUCAGCAUUAAUCAAGUGAAGAACUUUUUGGGCCACUUACGAAGCGGACGUGUGGUCGAUCAUGCCACGUUGGGUGCCACCGUUUCUACCGACGCCCAGGGGCGUGUGAUCGUCGGCGAUAUCCUGGAUAAUUCAGAUGCUUACCGCCGUGGGUUGCGGUUCGGCGACGAGAUAGUCAGCUUUGGGGGACGCCCGAUACGCACGGUGAAUGCCUUCAAGAACGUGCUGGGUAUCUUCCCGCAAGGAUGGCGCAUCCCGUUGAGUUAUCGACGCGAUGGCGAGAAGCACGAUGUGCUGGUCCGCCUGCAACGCCUCCACAACCCGACUGAACUGCGUGCACUGCUCAAACAGAUGCCCGGAGAACAACCCCCGGGUCACGAGAAGCCCACGCCUGAAGAAGCUCCCAUCGACGAAACAAACGACGAAUCCGAUGGACCCCGUCCGGCUGACUUGGUCAAGAAACGCACCGGAUACAUCAACUACUAUUUCAACGAACUCGAACGCUCCCGCGUGUGGGAAUCGAUGUCGGCUCACGGCGACUUCACCACGGUCGCUGGGCCCUGGCACCUCGAGGGUACCGUGGUCAGCGGCGACCGAUUCUCGUUAGACAUCGACGAUAUUGCCGCCCGAUUGACGCUUCCAAUGAAUGAGUGGCAGGUCACCCUUGCCGAGGAUGCGGCGAGUUCGCUUGACCCGCCCAGCAGCGGAGGGAUGCUUCUCGCUCUUGCACUCUGGCGGCGCAUUUUGGUGAACGGUCCUGAAGACUUUGGACAGAUGUACUAUCUCGGCACCUCGCCGUUGCCAGGGCACGAUGGAAUGGCCGACGUGCUGGUCGGGUUUUACGCGGGCGUGGAAUGUCACUUCUCGAUCGACCCGGUGGAAGGUGACGUGCUGGCGGUCGAAAUGUUUCCUAGUGAAGUUGUCGACCCCUGCCGGCUUCGCUUAAGCGACUACCGCACCGUCGGCCAGCAGCAACUACCGCACCUCAUCGAGAUCGAAUAUGGCGACGAGGUGUUCACCGUAUUGAGUAUCGAUGAGGCCAGCUUAGAAGCAGGGGAGGUGCGGCCAUGA